UAUUAGGAAAGGACAUACAUAUGAAGAGGACAUACAAAUUCCUGUUAUUCAUUUAGUCACUGAAAAUAGCACUUAUUUCAUKAAAGCUCAUGUCAGCUUUCAGUAAGUGUAAUUUCAUUGGAAAAGCCUGAUGCGUGUUUAUCAUUACCUUCUUAUGGUGACAUUUGCCKGUGACUGAAAUUCUGAACUGCUAUGAACAAUGGUUUUGUUUUUUACUUUGCUCUGCAUGGGAAUUAACCCUCUCUGAUUUGACAUCUGUGGCCCACGUCUUUCAUUCCUAUUUGCUUUUCUCUCGUCCAUAUGAACAUCCAUGUGUGUUUGACAUUCAAGUUGCACAGUGGUGCAAGGACUAAGCACAUGCACAYUAAGGACAGUUCCUUGUUUGAGUGUGCUCAGGUGUCCGUGCCAAAAUGCUUACAUAAUGUCUGAGAACGUGCUGUGAGCCGAGUGCUGAGCUGCGAGUCAGUCAGUUGUGAUUCAGCUUUGUGGAGUAACCACACGGUCUUGAUGCACUCAAAGUCACUGACAUUUUUAUAUUCUUCCCUUCUCAGAAYUGGGGGAAAGAAACCAUGACUUCUUCAAGCCCAGAGCCCUUUGAACUCUCAACCUUUUACGACUAUUACGAUAAUUACAAGGAUGCUCCAAAACUAUGCAGCAAAGAAAAUGUCAGGAGGUUUGCAGCCUCCUUCCUACCCGUUCUGUAUUCCCUGGUAUUCCUGGUGGGGCUCACUGGAAACAUUCUGGUCAUCAUGGUUCUCUUCAAAUACAAGAGGCUGAGGAGCAUGACUGAUGUGUACCUGCUAAACCUCGCCAUCUCAGAUUUGCUCUUCGUUUUAUCCUUGCCGUUCUGGUCUUAUUUCACAGUAGACCAAUGGGUUUUCGGGACUCCCUGGUGUAAAAUCAUUUCRUGGAUCUACCUAGUUGGGUUUUACAGUGGGAUAUUUUUUAUCAUGCUUAUGAGCAUAGACAGAUACCUGGCAAUUGUUCGUGCAGUGUUUUCCUUGAAAGCAAGGACUGCCUUCCAUGCUUUGGUUACUAGCCUUGUUGUAUGGCUUGUAGCUCUUUUAGCCUCAGUUCCCGAGCUUGUAUUUAGACAGUCUUUUAAUGAACGUAAUUAUACUACCUGCAAGCCAGUAUUUCCAGGCAAUUUCACGACAUGGAAACUUUUUUCCACUUUGGAAAUCAACAUUUUAGGGCUCCUAAUCCCUUUAAUAAUUAUGACAUUUUGUUACUCCAUGAUCAUUAAAACAUUGGUKCACUGUAGAAAUGACAAAAAGAAUAAGGCUGUGAAGAUGAUUUUUGCUGUCAUGAUCGUGUUUUUCUUUUUUUGGACCCCCUACAACAUCGUUAUUUUCUUACAACUGCUGGAAUCUGUGGGAGUCAUUAACGACUGCCAAGUGAGCAGGAGUCUGGACUAUGCUUUCCAGGUAACAGAGAUCCUCGGCCUUUUUCACUGUUGCCUCAAUCCAAUCAUCUACUUCUUCAUGGGGGAAAAAUUUAAGAAGUACCUGAAGAUGCUCUUUAAGAACUGGCAGUUACCUGGGUAUUUCUGCAAGUGGUGUGGAGUUCACAUGACUUACCACUCUGAAUCUACCAGUUCAUUCCACACACAGUCUACAGGAGAUCAAGACGCUCUGUGACGUGUUUCAGACCAGCCACUGAACCCAGCAACAAGCAAACUGACGAAAGCAGGAACUUUGAAAAGCUAAGCAAAUGCAGAUACAUUUAACAAUAAGCUAGUGCCGGAURAUUACUCACUUCAGCUUUAUUUGUGCCUCUAGAUUUUCUGAGUAUCAUGACAGAAGGUGUCCCAAAAGUGAAACAUGGGAGGUGGACAUGAAAAGUUUCUCUGCUGUGGUUACAAAUCACUGCUCAGCUCUGSGCAAAACACUGCACUGCGUGGCUUCUUUUUCAGCAGCAUCAAGACAUUGGCRUGCAUGGAGGGGCAGAGGUGAGACAGCAGCUUGUCAUCAACAYRUGCACUUGGAAAACAUUCAUUUAUYCAAGAAUGGUUAUCACCAUCCUAUGCACGUUUUUUAUUCUGCAGUUGAUCUGUGUAGGACUUGUUCACUCGUGACUCUUAGGUAGCUAUYAGCUGUAUCUGCUACUGUGAAAUGUUUCCUCUCAGGGGGGAUKAUAUACCCUCUGUCAUUAAGAAAAAGGACUAAAUGUAUUCUCUAUGUGCACAAAGACACAAAGCAAAACCUUUACUUUGUGUUGUAAGCGUGUUUUCUCUCAGGUUGACAUAUAUGCCUAUAUGUAGGCAUGUAUAGCAUUUUGAUUCAUUUUAUCACUGUAAUUCAGGAUAGCAAUUCUGUAUUUUGAUUAAYAUAGAAAAAGUUUUGAAUAUUUUUGAAUAAAGGUGUUAAAAAAAUUCA